GACGUACCAGAACCGACAUACACUGAAUGCAACUAGCAGGAAUCAUGAUGGAAUGCUGUGACAAUGACGAGGUGUCACUUAGAUUGCACCAGGCAUUGACAGGAGCCGGCUUCGCUAACCACCCAGAUGAGAUGGAAAUCGAAUAUGAUCCUCUAUUGCAUACACUAGAAGAACUCGCUCUCGCAUCUCCCAAAGAAAUGCAAGCAUGUGAAGACACAAUCAUGGCAGACAUGGACCAAUGGGUCCCAAUCGACGAAGCACAGGUAGGCGACGAAGAAAAGGAUCCCAAAGACGCUGAUGAUAUACCAGCGGAGCAAUACGAGCAGCUCCGAACCAAAUACCUAGAUCUCGACUGCCAACCCACCGACGACGCCCCCUGUGCAUGCAUCGAGCGCAUCAAAUUAUACGAACGGGAAGACCCAGCGGGCCCCAGCGAAUCCUUUGCACCAGUACUCCACAAGCCCACAUUCAGCACCCUUCAAUCCAACCCGGAAUUCGUACUCGCAACAUGGGCAAAACUACUAAAAGAACCCUCUCCAUCUCCCUCGCCCCUUCGCCCAGCCCCCAUCAACCCCACUCCCGCAAAAAGAUGCCCCAUCAACCCCUUCCCCCCUUCCGUCUACAAAACCUCUCUCCUCCACUGCCCCUCCCCCAACCCCACAGCCUCAACCCCCACCCUCCCCUUCUACACGCAAGAAUACAUCCGCUCCCUGCGCCUCCUCAAGCUCCGCCGCCGCUGGUCCCACCUCCCCCUCUCAGACUUCACCACCGAACUACGCACACUCGUGCUCUCCCUCUCCAACGCCUCCAACAACCUCACCCCGUGGCCCCCGCUCGCCGCAUGGCUCGCACAAUACUACACAAAGAUGCAGGGAGUGCCGAGGAAUCGGCGGUUCAAGGUUAAGAUGGGGUUGUUGAAGGGACUGGAAGAGGGGGCCAGGAUCAAGGUUCGGGAGAGUAAAGCGGCGGUGAAGGAGUUGGUGGGGGCAAGGGGGGAGAAGUUGAUAGUAGGGGUUUGGGGGAUGGUGAGGAAGGGCGUGGAUGAUGAGUGUGAGGUUAGAGGGAGUUUGGGGUUGGGUAGCUUGCCGGAGUUUACGGAUAGGGUUGUUGGGGGGAUGUCGGGGGGUUGGUCGUGGGUUGAUUGA